GCUUGACGUGAGACAGGGGGGUCUCAGAUUUUUAAAGCUCUGUCCUGUCUCUCACUUCAUUUAACCGUACUGGAGUGUGUGUCAGCCACUCAACUGCGCUCCGUCGCUCCUUCGCCACCUCUUCUAUCCUCCUCGCUGCCACCACUUUCCUAUAUUCGCCUCCUUAGAGCCAAAAGUGGUUAGGAGUCACUUACUAAAAUUCUCAAGGUGUUGCCAACUUUAAAAAACUAUAUCGUGGACUGUCAAGGCUGGCUACGCUAAACGGAUUCCUACAUUCGCCACAGCAGUGACAGAAGUCCUUGAUUGAUCAACUAACGGACUGGGUCGCAAGUAGGCUACAAACGCAAUCUUCCUCUCUCGUUCCCCCCCUCCGUGGGUCUCUUUGCAACUUUUGCAACUUUUUUUUCUAGGCGAGUGCGCGCGCCUGGCACUGCCCCACUCCCCCGCGUGCAGUAAAAUUUCACACACCGGCCUCUGUGAUUGUGGUAUAAAAAGGAGGCACGGAAAACCGAAAACAUGAUGAGCAAUAAUACGUACUACGACCAGCAGCAGCCGCCGCAGUACUACUACGGUACGGACAACGGAGAGGACGGCGACGAGGAGAUGCCGGCCACCGAGAAGGACCUCGCGGAAGAUGCGCCCUGGAAGAAGAUCCAACAGAACACCUUCACCAGGUGGUGCAACGAACACCUGAAAUGCAUCAACAAGCGGAUCAACGACCUGCAGAAAGAUCUAAGCGAUGGGCUGAAACUCAUUGGGCUUCUCGAAGUUUUGAGUCAAAAGCAUAUGUACAGAAAAUACCACGCAAGACCCAACUUCAGGCAGAUGAAACUGGAAAAUGUCUCGGUAGCGCUGGAAUUUCUUGAAAGAGAACACAUCAAGCUGGUUUCUAUAGACAGCAAGGCGAUCGUGGACGGCAACCUGAAGCUGAUCCUGGGCCUGAUAUGGACGCUGAUCUUGCACUACUCCAUCUCCAUGCCCAUGUGGGAGGACGAGGACGAGGAGGACGCGCGCAAGCUCACGCCCAAGCAGCGGCUACUGGGCUGGAUCCAGAACAAGGUGCCCCAGCUGCCCAUCACCAACUUCCACCGCGACUGGAGGGACGGCAAGGCCCUGGGCGCGCUCGUGGACAACUGUGCUCCAGGUCUAUGUCCUGAUUGGGAGCUGUGGGAUCCCAACCAGCCGGUGGAGAAUGCCAGAGAGGCCAUGCAGCAGGCCGACGAUUGGCUGGGAGUGCCACAGGUGAUUGCCCCUGAGGAGAUAGUGGACCCGAACGUGGACGAGCACUCUGUGAUGACCUACCUGUCCCAGUUCCCCAAGGCCAAGCUGAAACCCGGAGCGCCCAUCCGCCCAAAGACCCUGCACCCCACAAGGGCCAGAGCCUAUGGACCAGGCAUUGAGCCGCGGGGCAACAUGGUCCUAAAGCCGGCUGAGUUCAUGGUGGAGACUGUAGAGGCGGGGCUGGGGGAGGUGCUGGUGUACGUGGAGGAUCCAGAGAGACAUACGGAGGAGGCCAGAGUGAUCCCCAACAAUGACAAGAACAGGACCUACUCCGUGGUGUAUGUGCCCAAGGUGGAGGGUCUCCACAAGGUUAAGGUGCUCUUCGCUGGGCAGGACAUUGACCGCAGCCCCUUCAUGGUGCACGUGUCCAAGGCUCUGGGUGACCCCAACAAGGUUCAGGCUCGUGGUCCGGGUCUAGAGGCUAUGGGCAACAUGGCCAACAAGCCCACGUACUUCGACAUCUACACUGCUGGUGCAGGUGCUGGUGACGUGGGGGUGAUCAUUGUGGACUGCCAGGGCCGGCGGGACACAGUGGAGAUCAUCCUGGAGAACAAGGGGGACAGCGUUUUCCGUUGCACCUACAUCCCCGUGCUGGAGGGGCCACACACCAUCUACGUGACCUUCGCCGGACAGCAGAUACCCCGAAGCCCUUUCUCUGUGACCAUCUCCGAGGCUCCAGCGAGUACGCGGUCUCCCGGCUCCCCGGUUCAGAUAAUCCCCCAGUCUAUUCGCACGCCGCCUGGCUCAGACAAGGCUCGGAGGGUGCCGCCCCCAACGCCACCCAAACCCAGGCGACCAACCAGCAACCCUAACGCGUGCAGGGCCUCUGGGCGGGGGCUGCAGCCAAAGGGCAUGCGUGUGAAGGAAGUGGCCGACUUCAAGGUCUACACCAAGGGAGCGGGCAGCGGAGACCUACGCGUGGGCGUCAAGGGCCCGAAAGGGAACGAUGAGCCGGUGAAGGGAGAGGAGGCUGGAGGUGGUGUGUAUGAGUACGACUACUACCCCAUCUUUCCUGGGAAAUACAUCAUCAGCAUCACCUGGGGCGGACAACCUAUUCCCCGCAGUCCGUUUGAGGUGUGGGUGAGUGAGGAGGCCGGGGCCCAGAAGGUGCGCGCGUGGGGUCCAGGGCUGGAGACAGGCAUGGUGGGCAAGUCUGCCGACUUCGUAGUGGAGGCCAUUGGCACGGAGGUUGGCACUCUGGGCUUCUCCAUCGAGGGCCCGUCCCAGGCGAAGAUCGAGUGUGACGAUAAGGGCGACGGCUCGUGCGACAUGCGCUACUGGCCCACGGAGGCCGGUGACUACGCCGUCCACGUCAUCUGUGACGACGAGGACAUCAAAGACAGCCCCUUCAUCGCCCACAUCCUCCCCGCAGCCAAUGACGUCUUCCCAGAGAAGGUGGUCUGCUCAGGUCCAGGGCUGGAGCCUACUGGCUGCAUCGUCAAUAAACCGGCCGAGUUCACCAUCGAUGCCCAGGCGGCCGGUAACGGACAGCUCCGCAUCUACGCUCAGGAUGCAGAGGGCUUCCCCAUUGACAUUCAGAUCACAGAUAACGGGGACAGCACCUACUUCUGUGUGUAUGUCCCCACCAAAGCGAUCAAACACACUAUCAUCAUCACCUGGGGAGAAGUCAACGUUCCCAACAGCCCCUUCAGGGUGACCAUCGGAGAGGGCAGCCACCCAGAGAACGUUAAGGUGUACGGACCGGGCGUGGAGAAGAGUGGACUCAAGGCCAACGAGCCCACGUACUUCACUGUGGACUGCAGCGAGGCAGGACAAGGUGACGUGAGCAUCGGGAUCAAAUGCGCUCCAGGCGUGGUCGGUCCUGCGGAGGCGGACAUCGACUUUGACAUCAUCAAAAACGACAACGACACGUUCACCGUGAAGUACACGCCCCCUGGUGCUGGACGCUACACCAUCAUGGUGCUGUUCGCCGACCAGGAGAUACCCAUCAGCCCCUUCCGCAUCAAGGUCGACCCCUCCCACGACGCCGCCAAGGUCAAGGCCGAGGGCCCAGGACUCAGCAAGACAGGAGUGGAGGUUGGCAAGCCCACCCACUUCACCAUCUACACCAAGGGGGCGGGCAAGGCUACGCCAGAGGUGGUCUUCGCUGGGGCCGCCAAGGGCGAGGCCGUCAGUGACUUCGAGAUCAUUGACAACCACGACUACUCCUACACCGUGCGCUACACUGCUAUACAGCAGGGCAACAUGAGCAUCUCCGUGUUCCAUGGAGGGGACCCCAUCCCCAAGAGCCCCUUCAACAUCUCCGUGGCCCCACCACUGGACCUGAACAGGGUCAAAGUUCAGGGACUCAACAACAAAGUGGACGUAGGGAAGGAUCAGGAGUUCACCAUUAACACCCGCGGUGCUGGCGGUCAGGGCAAAGUGGACGUCAAGAUCACCUCACCUUCACGCCGGCCAAUCCCCUGCAAGGUGGAGUCCAGCGCGUCCAAUGAGGUGCACACAGUCAAGUACAUCCCGCCUGAGGAGGGUCCCUACAAAGUGGACAUCAGCUACGAUGGCAACCCAGUGCCAGGGAGUCCCUUCGCAGUGGAAGGUGUCAUGCCCCCUGACCCCUCAAAGGUGCGUGCGUAUGGUCCUGGCCUGAAGGGAGGCAUUGUGGGUAAGCCGGCGCCCUUCGCCAUCGACACAAAGGGCGCGGGCACGGGCGGGCUGGGCCUGACGGUGGAGGGUCCGUGCGAGGCCAAGAUCGAGUGCCAGGACAACGGCGACGGCUCGUGCUCGGUGUCCUACCUGCCCACCGAGCCUGGUGAGUACUCCAUCAACAUCCUGUUUGCCGACCAGCACAUCCCUGGUUCGCCCUUCAAAGCCAUCGUCCAGUCCAUGUUCGACCCGAGCAAGGUGACGGCCAGUGGGCCGGGCCUGGAGAGGGGAAAGGUCAACGAGGCGGCCUCGUUCACCGUGGACUGCUCCAAAGCCGGCGAGGCGGAGCUGACCAUCGAGAUCAUCUCGGACGCUGGGGCCCCGGCGGAGGUCCGCGUCCAGAACAACAGCGACGGGACGUACUCCAUCACCUACAUCCCACCCUUCCACGGCAUGUACACCAUCACCAUCAAGUACGGUGGCCACGCAGUGCCAAAGUUCCCCGCCAGGGUGCAGGUGGACCCCAGCAUCGACACCAGCACCAUCAAGGUCUACGGCCCAGGAGUGGAGCCCAGAGGAGUCCUGCGAGAAGUCACAACUCAUUUCGUCGUUGACGCCCGUGCUGUUAGCAAGGCCGGCGGCAACCAUAUCAAAGCCCGCAUCGUGAACCCCUCAGGGGCUAACACAGACGCCUUCAUCUCCGACAAGGGAGACGGAACCUACCGAGUGGAAUACACUGCUUACGAGGACGGCAUGCACCUGAUCGAGGUUCUGUACGAGGACGUGGCGGUACCCAAGAGUCCGUUCCGAGUGUCGGUGACGGAGGGCUGCGACCCGAGUCGCGUGCGUGCAUACGGGCCCGGCCUGGAAGAGGGUCUGGUCAACAAACCCAACCUCUUCACCGUGGAGACCAGGGGUGCGGGUACUGGUGGGUUGGGUCUGGCUAUUGAGGGUCCGUCGGAGGCGAAGAUGUCCUGCAAGGACAACAAAGAUGGCAGCUGCAGUGUGGAGUACAUCCCCUUCACCGCCGGCGACUACGACGUCAACAUCACUUUCGGUGGUCUGCCCAUCCCAGGAAGCCUGUUCCGCGUGCCGGUGAGGGAGCUAGUGGACCCCAGUAAGGUCAAGUGUUCCGGUCCAGGGCUGGGCAGCGGCGUCAGAGCCCACGUUCCACAGACCUUCACCGUGGACUGCAGCAAGGCCGGCCUCGCCCCACUAGAGGUGCAGCUCUACGGGCCCACAGGAGUGGCAGAACCAGUGACCAUUACGGACAAUGGUGACGGCAUACACACGGUCAACUACACGCCGACCACUGACGGCCCUUACACCGUUUGUGUCAAAUACGCGGACCAGGAGGUGCCGCGCAGUCCGUUUAAAAUCAAGGCUCUGCCCGCCCAUGACGCCAGUAAAGUCCGUGCCAGCGGUCCAGGUCUGAAUGCCUCAGGUGUGCCAGCUAGCUUACCUGUCGAGUUCACCAUCGAUGCCCGUGACGCAGGGGAGGGUCUGCUCACGGUCCAGAUUCUGGACCCGGAGGGCAAGCCAAAGAAGGCCAACAUCCGUGACAACCGGGACGGGACGUACACAGUAUCCUACGUACCGGACAUGACCGGGCGCUACACCAUCACCAUCAAAUAUGGCGGAGACGAGAUCCCGUACUCUCCGUACCGCAUCCACGCAGUGCCCUCGGGUGACGCCAGCAAGUGCCUGGUCACAGUUUCCAUUGGAGGACAUGGAUUAGGCUCAGGUCUCGGACCCACCAUCCAGAUCGGCGAGGAGACGGUGAUCACCGUAGACGCAAAGGCUGCUGGGAAGGGUAAGGUCACCUGUAAGGUGUCGACACCUGACGGGGCGGAGCUGGAUGUGGACGUGGUGGAGAAUGCCGACGGAACAUUUGAUAUCUACUACACGGCACCGGAACCGGGGAAAUACGUCAUCACCAUCCGCUUCGGAGGGGAGCACAUUCCCAACAGCCCCUUCCAUGUGGUGGCCAGUGACACCAUUCCCAUUAUAGAGGAGCCGUGUGAUAAGGUUCAGCUGCAGCAGCCUUAUGCCCCCUACCAGGCCUACGCACCACACUGGGCCACGGAGGAGCCAAUCACGGCCACCAAUGGGAUCGAGCCUAUGCUCCGCCCCUUCAACCUGGUCAUCCCCUUCACAGUGCAGAAAGGGGAGAUCACAGGUGAAGUGCGUAUGCCUUCAGGCAAGACUGCCCGUCCCAACAUCACAGACAACAAGGACGGCACGGUCACAGUGAAAUACGCGCCCACUGAGAAGGGCCUGCACGAGAUGGACAUCAAAUACGAUGGCAACCACAUACCAGGAAGUCCACUGCAGUUCUACGUGGACGCCAUCAACAGUGGCCAUGUGACUGCCUAUGGGCCAGGCCUGAGCCACGGCAUGGUCAACAAGGCGGCCAUCUUUACCAUCGUCACCAAAGACGCCGGGGAAGGUGGUCUGUCUCUGGCGGUGGAGGGCCCCUCUAAGGCGGAGAUCUCCUGUAAGGAUAACAAAGAUGGCACCUGCACCGUCUCCUACCUGCCUACUGCACCUGGCGACUACAACAUCAUCGUCAAAUUCGAUGACAAACACAUCCCCGGCAGCCCCUUCACCGCCAAAAUCACAGGUAGUGACGACUCGCUGAGGACAUCCCAGCUGAACGUCGGCACGGCGACGGACGUGUCUCUGAAGAUCACAGAGACGGACCUGAGUUCCUUGUCGGCCAGCAUCCGUGCCCCAUCUGGCAACGAGGAGCCCUGUCUGCUCAAGAGGCUGCCCAACCGCCACAUCGGCAUCUCCUUCACCCCUAAGGAGGUGGGUGAGCAUGUGGUGAGCGUGAAGAAGAACGGAAAGCACGUGACCAACAGCCCCUUUAAGAUCAUGGUGGGCCAAUCAGAGAUCGGCGACGCCAGCAAGGUCAAGGUGUUCGGGAACGGGCUCAUCGAGGGACACACCUUCGAGGUCGCUGAGUUCAUCCUGGACACCAGGAACGCAGGCUAUGGCGGCCUGGGUCUGUCCAUCGAGGGUCCAAGCAAAGUGGACAUCAACUGCGAGGAUGUGGAAGACGGCACCUGCAAGGUGACCUACUGCCCCACCGAGCCUGGGACCUACAUCAUCAACAUCAAGUUUGCUGACCAGCACAUCCCAGGCAGCCCAUUCACAGUAAAAGUGGCAGGGGAGGGCCGCAUGAAGGAGAGCAUCACCAGGAAGAGACAGGCCCCAACCAUCGCCUCAGUCGGCAGCACCUGUGAUCUCAACCUGAAAAUACCAGGUAACUGGUUUCAGAUGGUGUCGGCUCAGGAGCGUCUGACGCGCACCUUCACGCGCAGUAGCCACACCUACACGCGCACGGAGCGCACGGAGUUCAGCAAGACGCGGGCGGGCGAGACCAAGCGGGAGGUCCGCGUGGAGGAGAGCACGCAGGUCGGGGCCGAGCCCACGCCACCCACCUUCCGCAACGUCUUCGGGGGCUUCCUAGGACGAGAGGCCCUCGGGACCUUCAGUGGGAUCCAAGCCAGACAACCUGAGGGUGAGUCUGGCACGCAGGAGAUGACCGCGCAGGUGACGAGUCCCAGCGGUCAGACGGAGGACGCAGAGAUCAUCGAGGGCGAGGACAGCACCUACAGCGUGCGCUUCAUCCCCCACGAGAUGGGCCCCCACACCGUCAACGUCAAGUACCGCGGUCAGCACGUGCCCGGCAGCCCCUUCCAGUUCACCGUCGGGCCGCUCGGAGAGGGCGGAGCCCACAAGGUCCGGGCCGGGGGCCCCGGGCUCGACAGGGGCGUGGCCGGAGUCCCAGCGGAGUUCAGCAUCUGGACUCGCGAGGCGGGCGCCGGGGGCCUGUCCAUCGCCGUGGAGGGGCCCAGCAAGGCGGAGAUCUCCUUCGAGGAUAGGAAGGAUGGGUCCUGUGGCGUGUCCUACGUCGUACAGGAGCCUGGUGACUACGAGGUGUCCAUUAAGUUCAACGAUGAACACAUCCCCGAUAGUCCCUUCAUCGUUCCCGUAGCAACACUGUCCGAUGAUGCCCGUCGCCUUACGGUCACCAGUCUGCAGGAGAUGGGGUUGAAGGUCAACCAGGAGGCCUCCUUCGCCGUGCAGCUGAACGGGGCGUGUGGCGUGAUCGACGCUAAAGUGCACACACCCUCCGGAGCCGUGGAGGAAUGCUACAUCACAGAGCUGGACAAUGACAAGCAUGCGAUCCGCUUCAUCCCUCGAGAGAACGGCGUCCACUCCAUUGACGUCCGCUUCAACGGGAACCACAUUCCUGGCAGCCCCUUCAAGAUCCGCGUUGGGGAACCAGGACAGGCCGGAGACCCAGGAAUGGUGUCCGCAUUCGGACCGGGCCUGGAGGGUGGAACUACAGGCGUGCCCUCUGAGUUCAUAGUGAACACGUGUAACGCGGGCGCGGGCGCACUCUCAGUGACCAUCGACGGGCCGUCCAAGGUGAAGAUGGACUGUCAGGAGUGCCCGGAGGGCUACAAGGUCAUCUACACGCCCAUGGCCCCUGGCAGCUACCUCAUCUCCAUCAAGUACGGGGGACCUCAGCAUAUCGUGGGGAGCCCCUUCAAGGCCAAAGUCACAGGUCCUCGCCUGUCUGGAGGACACAGUCUCCAUGAGACCUCCUCUGUUCUCGUGGAAACGGUUACUAAGUCCUCUGCCAUGUCCGGAGCCUUCAGUUCCCUGCCCAAGUUCUCCUCUGACGCCAGUAAGGUGGUCUCCAGAGGGGCCGGCCUCUCCAAGGCCUUCAUCGGACAGAAGAACACCUUCACUGUGGACUGCAGCAAAGCAGGAACGAACAUGCUGAUGGUCGGGGUGCACGGUCCCAAGACGCCCUGUGAGGAGGUCUACGUCAAGCACAUGGGGAACAGGAUGUACAACGUCACCUACACCGUCAAGGAGAAGGGCGACUACAUUCUCAUUGUCAAGUGGGGGGACGAGAUGGUGCCUGGCAGCCCCUUCCAUGUCACCGUGCCUUAAAACAAUCCCCUGGACUCUCCCGUUUUGCUUUGUAAUGGACCGAUCCAUGAUCCCAACCCUCACCCCCCACCCCCCUAUCCCAACUCCUUUUUCUUCAUACCAAAACCUGUCUAAAGUCAGACACACUAUGAUAUGCAAGGGCUAAAUCACAGCCUGAAUAGAGGGGAGAAUAUUUUUAUAUUCUUUUAUAUGGGAGAGUAUUAACCCAUUCAUAGAAAAUAGGAAAACACAAAGCCAGUUUAAUGAGCCAGUUGGCAACUCUAUUAAACUGAGUUAACAUUUCACAUACAACUGAGCUGACCCACAGUUAGCCUGGAUCUUGACCACAGUUAGCCUGGAUCUUGACCACAGUUAGCCUGAAUCUUGACCACAGUUAGUCUGGAUCUUGAUCACAGUUAGCCUGGACCUUGACCGCAGUUAGCCUGGAUCUUGAUCACAGUUAGCCUGGAUCUUGACCGCAUUUGGCAAGGAUCAGGCCAAAUGCAGGUCGCAAACAGUGGCCCUUUGAAUUGAAGUAUUCCAAAUCUGUACCUCCCACAUUUUUUGUCCCCCUCCCCCGUCUCUCUCUCUCUCUCUCUCCCCCUCUGUUCUUCCUCUUGGUCUCAGAUUGUGAUAUUUUUGUAUGUUUACUUUUUUUUGGAUGCUAGAGAAUGUAUCAUGAAGAGUGACAGAACAACAGUGAGUCCCGUCUCCGUGACAACGGCGUGGCGGGGCCUGUGUGGGUGUGGCUUGUGGCUGUUGCAGGCAGGAUCUAACCUUUAUUUAUUUAGUCUUUUUUCUGACAGAAAAGUGUCUUAUUUUUAUUUUAUUUUCUGAUGGGACAAGAACACAAUCAUUAACAUUCAGCCUGGUGGAAACCGACUCUCUCGUCCCCCUCCAGUCCGGCUCUGAUCUGGUCUUCAUCUGGCCCCUAGAUAUGGCUCUCCGGUUCAUAUACGGGAUAUCCGUCUCAUAUACAGUAUGGGAUAUCCGUCUCAUAUACGGGAUAGCCGUUUCAUACAUGGGAUAUCUGUUUCAUAUACGGGAUAGCCGUUUAUAUGGGAUAUCCGUUUCAUAUACGGCCCUGAUCGAGCCCGGAUUUGGCCCAAAUUACGGUGGCUGUCACUGAUCGGGCCCCAGAUCAGGUUCACGGCCACAUCAGAACCAGAGUCCGUUCCCAUCUGGGCAGCACAGGGGACAGAACUCUCCCUCGUCUUCCUCAAGCUGUGGAUCAGUACCGCUAGACCUGGGACACGUCUGUGCCCGCGUGGCAAGCCUUCUAUUUUGUGAAUGUUUAAAAGCAAAUUAUAUAUACAAUGAAACCGUAUACAGGAGUGACAUUUUAUAGUGAUUUUAUAUGUAUGACGAAUGGGCAGGAUAUGAGUCUAAUUGUUUGAUAUAUUAACCUACAAUUUGGUAAGGCUGUGCAGACAUAAUACAUGUUGAACUGCUAACUUGCCAUUAAAAAGCUCAAAUAAA